UGAAAAUGGCGGACGAUGCAUCGAGCAGUAGUGGUUGCACCGGCAAUUUAGUUGAUAAUUCAAUAAAUCAAGAUGAAUUGAUAAUGAAACAACAACGGGAAAUAGAGAAGGAGAUCUCCGAGUCGAUACCCCUUGUUGGCGAUCUCGAAGUUUUGUCGUCCCUAGAAAAAGAAUACACUGAAGAUCCCAUAUAUCUUUUAAAAGUCAAAGAUCUCUCUUCAAAGUACAAAUUCAUUAGAAGAACACGUCCUGACGGCAACUGCUUCUUUCGGGCGUUCUCGUACGCUUAUUUAGAACAUCUUCUUACUGAUAAAGCAGAAUACGAUAAGUUUUAUGAAAUAGCAAAAAAUUCAAAAGAUACACUGGUUGCAUUAGGAUUCCCACAGUUUACAGUUGAAGAUUUUUAUGAAACGUUUAUCGAAGUUGUUCAAAGAGUAGGUGAACAAGCAGGGAGCAGUUCCGCAGGGCUGGAUGCGGUACGUGAGGAACUGCAUGACAAGUUCAACAAGCAGGGCUACUCUGACUACAUUGUGGUGUACCUGCGCCUUGUCACCUCUGGCCAGCUCCAGAUGCAGCACAACUUCUACCAGAAUUUCAUAGAAGGCUCUAGAACUGUUACUGAAUUCUGCAGACAGGAGGUAGAACCUAUGUAUAAAGAGUCUGACCACAUUCAUAUAAUAGCUCUCAGCAAUGCUCUAAACGUAGGUGUCAGAGUCAAGUAUAUGGACCGCGGAGAGGGGAGUCAGGUAAUAGCGCAUGACUUCCCCGAGGGUGCUCGGCCGCUGGUCCACCUGCUGUACCGGCCCGGACACUAUGACAUACUGUACGCGUGAUCGCCA